CUUCAAUGAUAACCUAAACGACUCAUAUUCUCUAUCUCUCAUGCAUACGCUAAGCAAAAACCAUGUUCUAUGUUCUUCGUCUUCUACCUCCAAAACCCCCCAUUUCUGAACCCUGAAACCAGAAAGAAGAAAACUAAAUAAAGUUUCCAUCUUUAUGAUGAAAUUCCACACUAGUGUAGGGCUUUUAGCUCUGUUUCUUGCAUUUCUUUUUUCAUUCUUCAUCUCAUCCGAUUCUCAAAUCAACCCACCAACAGAUUCCGACGUGAUGUUAUCUCUGAAGAAGAGCUUAAAUCCACAUCCGGGUCUAGACUGGUCUGACCCAGAUCCUUGUAAUUGGAAACAUGUAGCCUGUUCCGUGGAUAAACGUAUAACCAGGAUUCAAAUCGGACAUCAGAAUAUCAAAGGUACUCUCUCUUCUGAUAUUUCCUAUCUAACUCAACUCAUAAGAUUGGAGCUUCAAUGGAAUAACAUUUCCGGGCCAUUACCAAGCUUGAGAAAUUUAACCUCAUUACAAGUCAUAAUGCUUAAUGAUAAUCUAUUCAAUUCAAUUCCUAUUGAUUUCUUCUCCGGCAUGACUUCUUUACAAUCUGUUAACAUCGAUAACAACCCGUUUUCGUCUUGGGAAUUACCCGAAAGUCUCAUCGACGCCAGAGCCCUGCAAAAUUUCUCUGCUAACAAUGCCAACAUCAUUGGGAAAAUACCUGAUUUCUUUGGCCCGGAUAAGUUAUCGGGUCUUGUGAAUCUGCAUUUGGCUUUCAAUAGUUUGGAAGGCGGAUUACCCGCUAGCUUUUCCGGUUCACAGAUUGAAUCCAUAUGGGUAAAUGGGCAAAAGAGUAAUGGUAAGCUCACCGGAAGUAUAGAUGUUAUUCAGAAUAUGACAUUCUUGAAAGAGGUUUGGUUUCAGUCAAAUGAGUUUUCGGGUCCAUUGCCUGAUUUUUCGGGUAUGAUAAAUUUGGAGAGUUUGAACCUUAGGGAUAAUCAUUUUACUGGUCUUAUUCCUCUGUCUUUAACAAAUCUUAGUUCUUUAAGGAUUGUGAAUUUGACUAAUAACUUGUUCCAAGGGCCGAUUCCGAAGUUUAGGAAUUCGGUUGAUGUGGAUUUCGUAAAGGAUACGAAUAGCUUUUGUCUACCCGACCCGGGUAACUGCGAUCCUCUAACGAAUACUUUACUCACUAUCGCAAAAUCUAUGGGGUAUCCUGAGAAAUUUUCGGAGAAUUGGAAGGGGAAUAACCCUUGUUUGGAUUGGUUUGGAUUAACUUGUAAUGGUGGGAAUAUUACUAUUAUCAAUUUUGAUAAGAUGGGUUUAAAUGGAACGAUUUCGGCCGAGUUUGCCUCGGUUAAGUCACUGAGAAGAUUGAUUCUUUCUGAUAACAAUUUUACCGGAACGAUACCACCGGAGCUUGUUACAUUGCCGGAGCUUUAUGAAAUCGAUGUCUCCGGCAAUCGGCUCCAUGGAAAGGUACCGUCUUUUAGGAGCAAUGUGAUGGUGAAGACAGGUGGUAAUCCGGAUAUUGGGAAGGACAUGUCGUCAUCUAAGGGAAACGAUGAAUCCGGGGGGAAAGGCGGCGACGGGUCGAAUGCUUGUGAGAAAUCCAAGAGUUGGAUCGGGACUGUUGUGUUCUUUGUUGUCGGCGGGCUUUUCUUGAUUUUCUUGAUUGGUUUUGUGGCGUUCUGUUUUUCCUAUAAGACAAAACAGAAGCGGUUUGGCUGAGUACUGGUUAAUCCAUGAAGAUCAUACGGGGAGUUUGGUGUUUUCUAGGUAGUUUAGUUUGUUGUCUUUAUUUGAUUUGUAGUACUAAGUCUAUAAUUUCUUUAUUUUUGUCAAUGUAGGGGUUUAGAUUAGAUGAGAUGAUGACCACAAUUUUGUCAUCAUUUAAGCUUUUGGAAAAUGGGGACUUGAAUCAUUUUAUGGAUGUAUGAAUAUUUGGUUUGAAAACAAAGCAUUGAAAGCCAAAAGACAAAG